ACUUUUCAUUAGUUCCAAUUUCGCCCACCUGAACCGAUAACUUGGUGAAGUGAAACUAUACAUUAAUAUUAUAAGAAUAUGGAGCUACAGUGCAACUGCGCGGACCGGGCAUAAAUCAAUUGAAGAGGCGUCGCCGACGGGUCCGGUUGAUUUGCUGUUGUUCCGUGUCUCCGAGUUGCUGAAUCGCACCAUUUUGGAAAUGGACUUUGAUUUAUCAAAUGUCCUCGACCUAGAUGACUGUGAUGUCUUCAUGGAGCGGGAGGAAGCAGAGAAAAAAUUCGCAGAAAAAAUGAGCUCGGUCGUGGCCGUGGCUGGAACGUACAUCAAGGAGAAGAACACUAUCGUGAUCGCGGCGAUCUGCAAGGACCCCAACAACGGGGUCCGUGAGAAGCUGGACGACUAUCCCGGGGAUCCCUUCACCGAAGAGGAGCUGAAAGACAUUAAAGAUCUCAUGGAGUCUAAAGAAGCUAACCAAGCUAAAGACUCAAGUGAGAAAAAAAUUUUUAAAGAUUUGAAGGAUUGGAAUCCUUCUGAGCUGUCCGCUGCUCUCAACAAGGAAAAGAAAAAUGAGUAAUCAUUUACCUUGCCUUCAUGCAACGCAUGAAGUAUCUAUAUGUGUUAUGUGUGCGUGUACUUCUUCUCUAUCUACCCCUUAUAUCGUGUAUUUCCUAUCCCAAUGACAGAGUUAAAUUAUUUCCCACGACAAUGAGGUAUUUGUGCUGAUUUGAUCAAAAAACAUCUUUACAUAAUUACUUAUGUAAACAAGUUGUUCAAUUAUCUACUUGAAAUUAACUCUGUCCCCAAUCUUUCUACAUUCUUGAUGGAACGUCGGAUCUUGAUGUAUGUGUGUUUUAGUAAUUAAGUAUGUGGUAUUUAUUUCUGGCAUAUCAGGCCAAUGUACAAGACUUGUAUUUAUUUUAAAUGAGUACUAUUUUUAUAUUCAUUAUUUUACAUUGAGUUAUUAACUCUACAGGGUCGAAAAAUAUUUUAUUAUAAUUUAAGACCAUUUUUUGUAAUAUUUUUAGAUCAAAAAUGAAUUUUUGUUUUAGUUUAACCAUGUAUCAAGAUGUACUCUUCACUUUUGACACUUUUAUCAAAUAAAUCUUUCUAAAUGUCA